GGGGAUCAGGGCUGGGCUCCGGCAAGGUCUCUGUUCACCCCUAUUGUUCGUUGGAGCGAGUCACUCGGCGCGGGGUGGAGCGGAGAGAGAGGCGAGCAGGGCGGUGGCGACGGGGCCGGCAGAGCAGCCAUGGAGGUGGUGAACAUGAUGGAGCAACCCAUCAAGGUGACGGAAUGGCAGCAGACAUACACCUAUGACUCGGGCAUCCAUUCCGGGAUGAACACCCAGGUGCCAUCGGUGAGCAGCAAGUGUCUGGUGGACGACGAUGACCUGUAUGGCAAGCAGUACACAAUUAAGAAGACCACCACUUACAGCCAGGCUGGAGCUGGGCAAGCCCAAGCCCAGGCACAAGCGGAUUUGGAGUCCCACCUUGCCAUGACCCGUGCCCAGCGCGUCCGGGCUGCCAUGUACCCGGAGACUGUAGAGGACCGCUCCCUUCUCAUCACCACCCAAGUGGAAGGGCAGCAGACAAAUGUUCAGCGGCUGGCCGAGCCCUCCCAGAUGCUCAAGUCGGCCAUUGUGCAUCUCAUCAACUACCAGGAUGAUGCUGAGCUGGCCACCCGCGCCAUCCCUGAACUCACCAAACUCUUGAAUGACGAGGAUCCGGUCGUGGUCAGCAAAGCAGCCAUGAUUGUGAACCAGCUGUCCAAGAAGGAGGCCUCGCGCCGUGCUCUGAUGCAGUCCCCUCAGAUAGUCGCUGCCGUGGUCCGAACCAUGCACAGCACGAGCGACCUAGACACAGCCCGCUGCACCACCAGCAUCCUCCACAACCUGUCCCACCACCGCGAGGGCCUGCUGUCCAUCUUUAAGUCUGGGGGCAUCCCAGCUCUUGUGCGCAUGCUCAGCUCUCCUGUGGAGUCAGUCCUGUUUUAUGCCAUCACCACCCUUCACAACCUGCUGCUGUACCAGGAAGGUGCCAAGAUGGCCGUGCGCCUGGCGGAUGGCCUUCAGAAGAUGGUUCCCCUGCUGACCAAGAACAACCCAAAAUUUCUUGCCAUCACCACCGACUGCCUGCAGCUGCUUGCCUAUGGGAACCAGGAAAGCAAGCUCAUCAUCCUGGCCAACGGAGGCCCCCAAGCCCUUGUUCAGAUUAUGCGCAGCUACUCAUAUGAGAAACUGCUGUGGACCACCAGCCGCGUCCUCAAGGUCCUUUCCGUCUGCCCCAGCAACAAGCCAGCCAUCGUGGAAGCCGGAGGCAUGCAAGCUCUGGGAAAGCACCUGACCAGCUCCAGCCCAAGGCUUGUGCAGAACUGCCUGUGGACUCUGAGGAACCUCUCAGAUGUGGCCACAAAGCAGGAGGGUCUUGAUGGUGUCCUGAAGAUCCUGGUGAACCAGCUGAGUUCGGACGACAUCAAUGUGCUGACCUGUGCCACCGGCACCCUCUCCAACUUGACCUGCAACAACAGCAAGAACAAGACCCUGGUCACCCAGUCGAACGGAGUGGAAGCCCUGAUACACACCAUCCUCCGGGCGGGAGACAAAGAGGAUAUCACCGAGCCAGCUGUCUGUGCUCUGAGGCACCUCACCAGCCGGCACCCAGAGGCUGAGAUGGCCCAGAAUUCCGUGCGGCUGAACUAUGGCAUCCCCGCCAUCGUCAAGCUGCUUAAUCAGCCCAAUCAGUGGCCGUUGAUCAAGGCUACCAUCGGCCUCAUCCGCAACCUGGCUUUGUGCCCAGCCAACCACGCCCCCUUGCAGGAAGCCGCCGUCAUCCCGCGCCUGGUUCAGCUGCUGGUGAAGGCUCACCAAGACGCCCAGCGCCACGCAGCCGCCGGCACACAGCAGCCCUACACGGAUGGGGUAAAGAUGGAGGAGAUCGUGGAAGGCUGUACGGGGGCAUUGCACAUCUUGGCUCGCGACCCCAUGAACCGAAUGGAGAUCUUCCGCCUGAACACCAUCCCGCUCUUUGUGCAGCUCCUGUACUCUCCAGUGGAAAACAUCCAGCGUGUGGCAGCUGGUGUUCUGUGUGAACUGGCGCAAGAUAAGGAAGCAGCUGACGCCAUUGACGCAGAGGGGGCCUCAGCACCGCUGAUGGAGCUCCUCCACUCCCGGAACGAAGGCACAGCUACAUACGCAGCAGCUGUGCUGUUCCGCAUCUCGGAAGACAAGAACCCGGACUAUCGGAAACGCGUCUCUGUAGAACUUACCAAUUCGCUCUUCAAACACGAUCCUGCCGCUUGGGAAGCAGCCCAGAGCAUGAUACCCAUUCAUGAGCCAUACGCAGAUGAGCUGGAUGGAGGUUACCGCAGCAUGUACCCCUCCGACAUCCCCAUGGAUCCUAUGCAUAUGGACAUGGACAUGGAUGGGGACUAUCCCAUGGAUGCAUACAGCGAUGGCGUGCGGGGCGCUUACCCGGACCACGUUCUUUCCUAAGGUGCUCUUUGGGCAGGGCUCAAGAUGUUUUCUUAACACAGAAGAGGGCAGCCUCAGUGCUCAACUCCGGGGCACUUGGGAGACAGAAGUGCCUGAGAAAGAUGACAAACUCUUCCUUUCCCUGCGAGGAGGUUUUAUUUUCUAAAACGAAACCAUUUCCCCCUCCUGUGGGCCUAUGGGAAAGACCCUCCCCCCAGACCCCCCUACCCAGGACUGCUUCUAACAAUCUUGUAAUAACUUUUUAUCGGCAGUCAGCUCCUUUCCCUCUGACUUUAAUCAACCUCUCCCGUUUAUCCCCUCUGCCGCUUCACCAAACUUUCCCUAAAUCUGGGAACCAUUCUCAAAACUGCCAUUGGGUCCUUAUACGAGUAUUUUUCAAGCACACACACAAACUCCCCUCACCCCCGGCAUUUGUGGUGCAAAACUAACUCUUUGCCAUUUUAGAUAUAUAUAUAUAUUUUCUCCCCUGUUUGCACUUCUAAUGCGUUGUCAUCUAGGAAGUGAAGAAAACGAUUUCCCCUUUCUCUCUUCUACUUUUUUUUUU